GACGAAUAUCGAUCGCGGUAUGUAGCAAAUAUGACAAUAUAGCGGUCGGUUGAAAAGUUUGAUGAGUUGUAUUGUCGAAGCAUUGAGUAAUAUUACUGCUAGAGAAGAGUGGAACUGCGCAGAGUUCGCCUCAGUCGAAGCUGGACAACGGCAGGGCAGCAGAGAGCGACCAGACCGUCGUGCAUUUAUUAUGCCCAAAUUGAUCAACAAUUGCCAGUCGAACCGCUCGGACCCAUGGUGAAGAGAAAGAAGACGUCGCCCACUUCCGAAGAGCAUGAAAUUUGCAUGACACCGAGCUCCAGGGAGGGGAUCGGUGUAGAUGGGACGACGAAUCCGUCCAGAAAAGCCGACGGUUACGACGAGGAGGAGAGCGGAGAGCAGGCGACCGAGGAGCGCAGUACAAAGGGAGACGAGCGAGUGGAAAUUGUUAAUCCAGCACCCGCUACUCUCAGCUCCGGUUCGGUUCAACCCGGACCGGGUGCUGGCCAGCAGACCCAGCCCUCGGUGGAGCCCAGCGCCCCGUGUCACGACCAGCAUCAUUUUCUCCGAUCGAGCGUUCGACCUCCCAGCAAAAGGAUCCGGAAGGAUUCCGUGGGCUCGACCAUCAACGGCCAUGGCGGGGCCAAAUCGAAAGGAGCAGAGAACUGUUCCUCUUCCCAGGGUGCAGUUGGACAAUCUGGACCCAUUGCCGGCUCCUCAGGGGGAGUCUCUAAGACCACAAAGGGCCAAGGACCUGCCGAGAAGGAGGAGCAAGCUGGUAACCAGAAGCGAGCCCGUCGGCAGUGGGAGUCUUGGAGCGCAGAGGAUAAAAACAGCUUUUUUGAAGGGCUCUAUGAGCAUGGCAAGGAUUUUGAGGCCAUCCAGAAUAACAUUGCUAUGAAGUACAAGAAAAGAGGCAAGCCAGCUAACAUGGUGAAGAACAAGGAACAGGUCCGCCAUUUUUAUUACCGCACAUGGCACAAGAUCUCCAAGCACAUCGACUUUGCCAAUGUGUACACUCGAGUCCUGAAAAAAUCUUCUCAGGAGCUCUACGGUCUCAUCUGCUAUGCUGAGCUCCGCAAAAAAGUUGGAGGACUCAUGGACGAUAAGAAUGUGGCGAAGCUAAAUGAACUCAUCCAACAAGGGGCCACCACUGUGCGCUCCAAAGGGAGGAACUUGCGAAUUAAAGCACCCAUGUGCCGCGCGCUGAAGAGACUUUGUGACCCAGAUGGAGUAAGUGACGAAGAAGACCAGAAGCCAGUGCGUUUACCCCUGAAGGUAGCGGUGGAGCUUCAACCGCGUAGCAACUAUUCCUGGGCUCGCGUUCAGAGUCUAGCGCACAACCCUCGCCUCAGGAUGGUGGUGGAGCUUCACAGGAAAGUUUCCAGCCUCAUUGAGUACCUGAAACAGAAAUGGGCCUAUCAUGACCAGAGAAUUAUCAAAAGUCUAAUGGAAAGGGAAGCUUUAGAAGAGACUCAGUCCCACACCACUUCUCCAAACAAGUCUUCGCCCGAGGAGCUCUUUCUUUUCCCGGCCGAGAGCAGCUCCCUGACCACGCUGCCCGGCGUGGCUCGUGUGGUUCACUCCAAGGCUUCGUGCACAGUACACUGGCAAGAAAGCGGCAAGGCCCGGCCCAAUGCCAAAGAGCUACCCGCUGCGCAGAUUCUAGGUAUUCACACUGCUCCACCUCUAAGGACAAGCACCAAAUCUGGACGAGGAAACGCAGUUUCAACUGCUUCAGCAACGGUACAGAGUGACAACUGUCAAACAGAUUCACCUAGCCUUGAAACUUCACCCGAUGGUUCUGCCAAGUUAGAGGAGAAGAGGCCUACAUCUGGCUCAGCACUUCCUCAUCAAGUAAUUCCCAGAGAGGAGGCAACUGACGGAGGACUUGUUGAGGGGAAUAAAACUUUCACUGCCAGUGUAGAGUUCAGUGGAGGCCUCGUAGGGACCAAAACAACAGAUGUAUCAUGUAGUGGUGUAGAGAGCUCGCUUGAACAGUGCAUGGAGGAGCAGAACGUGACCACCACUUCCUCUCCAGACGGCAGCCAGACAGCUCCAGCCAAGCUCUCCACGGCUGGCCCAGAGGAAGGAGUGCCGCAGAGCAAAGAGCGAACUGUCGAACAGAUCAGAGGGGAAGGCUGGAACGUCCGCGACGCCGAGAAUGUCACGCUAGCCGAGUUGUACUUGAUGUUUGGGAAGCCCGGCAAGCUGCAGCUGGAGUACGAGUGGCAGUCCGUCUCAGACCCUCCUGAAAAAGGGCAAGCGCAAAUCCAGCAGAGAGCACAUAGGAAACAAAGAGUACUACGAUGUUUGCUGAGACUGGUCACCACAGAGGUCAACCCCAAACCUUUGCCUCCAGAGUUUUGUUCCACAGCCACGUCACCUCUUAAGACUCCUCAAGAGGAACAAAACCAGACCCUCACGCCUCCAGGAAAAGCUCCAAUCGCGGUGGUCCGUAGCCCGAGCUUUGGACGACAGCAGGGCUCUGCCCGAGGAGCCAAAUUACACCUGCCAAACGUUGGAGGAUUAGGUUCACGCAACUUUCCUCGCUCUCUUCUUGCAUCAUCAGCGGCAGCAGCCAGUGACUCUGAAGGCAAUGUGUUUGCAGUACCCACCACGCUCCCUCCAAACAGUACCCGCCACAGCCGAAUGUUCUCCCCCAACAAGGAAGCUGAGCUAGCCCUAAAGCAGCAGCUCAACUCCAUUAGUAUGCAGUCAGAUCUUUUCCUUUCACGACCAAGAAAACCUCGAAACAAACUCCGGAAGCCGCUUGUCGUUCAGCGAACUCUUCUACCGCGAACUACAGGGGACACUUCUCAACACGUUUGUUCCUUCUCCAUCCUCUCCAACUCCGCUGCCACAGGAACUGGAUCUUUCCGGCCAAUUCAAACCCGGCUUGCUCCGGCCUCCCUCGCUCUACCGUCCAAAGUCUCUUCCUCGGCGUCCUCGGCCUCUGCGGCAACCAACCAGCUCUCCAGUGCAAUUGACCUGGCAGCAAAAACUGCAGGCAUCAUUCCUGGAAGUCCUUGUCGGGAGCCGAAUUCUCCUGCAGCUGUCGCUCCUGCAACAAUUGCUGAUGCUGAACCAGAACCUCAGCUUCUCCAGCACAAUGUCUCAGAGAACGGUUUGCCCCCUCCAUCUCCUGGAGUGACAGAGGCUGGAGACUCGCUCCUCUCUCCGCCCAGCGUCGCUUCCCUCCUUGACAUCUCUCUGCCGGGCCCCCCAGAGGAGGCUAUGACCCCGGGAGAGAAUCAAACACACAUCAGUGACUCCAUCAUCGAGCUCGCCAUCAAUUCUGCUCACUACGGCGAGGAGGCGGCGCUCUCUCCGGCCAAAUUGAGUAGCAGCGACGGCUCCAAGCUACUGGCUUCAUCUCCCUCCGUCAGCCCGUCCCGGGGCUGGAUUCCUUCGCCCAGCCACGACCCGCAAUGGUAUCCAAGCGACUCGUCCGACUCCACACUGGGAUGCCUCCUAUCCAGCAUGGUCUCUUCUGAUAAGGGAAGGCGGAGCACUCUCACCCCCUCCGGCCCCUCCAGUGGCACAGCUUUGCUCGGUCCCAGCUUGCUGGACUGCAACUCCCACGAUUCCUUUCAGUCCCGCGGGCUUCCUGAUGUGGCUGAGAUGGACUCUCAGCUUGCCUGCAUGAUGAGCGAGAGCAGCGUGGACUACAUCGCGCGCUUCAAUGACCUGGCUCAGGAGCUCGCCGUGGCCGAGCCCUCCAUUCCGCCACCUUGAGGGAGGGGGCGAGGGCGCCUCCCUUGGCCUAGCGCCAUCUGGAUAAAAAAAAGUGAGCGCAUGCGUCCUGUCGCAUCGGAGCAAAGACAAUUGCGGGAACAGACCAGUACUUAAAGCCAUCCCCUGCCCUGAUUGUUGAAGUGCAAUAAUUACAUGCCCUUUAAAAACCAUCAAGUUUACAAAACACAACCUCAUGUACAGGAAAAUACUUUGCCAUAUCUGAACAAAAAAAGAAUAUUUUACUUUUGUCUUCUCCUGCUACUUUUGAAUUCUACCCCCUAAAAAUGUGCAAAUCCACCAAAAUCUGCAGUUAAUUGCUCACAGCAUGUUAAGAAUAUUCGGUGAAGUUACAGGAGGAACCACAAUGUAACAGGCGAACUUGAUUUGACCUUGUCUAAAUUUAGGAAUCUCGUGUUCAAUUGUUUCAGUUGUUCAAAUUAAGUCCACCUGUAAAUCUGUGUCGUGCACUUCAAAGUUCAUCCUGAAAUUUCACCCAAAGCCCAAUGUCACUAACCUUUGUGAGUAGUUUACAGUAUAUAUAUUGUUUGGUAAAGAGCUUGCUCAUCAGUGUGUUCUGCCAUGUAUUUAACUUGCCUUCCAUUUCAUCUCCAUCAGGUCUGCUUAAUCUGUUUAUUUUCCAGCACGCAUUCAGUUUUUGAAGGCAGAAGGAAAAAUGGCAGCUUUGGAUGGCAGAAUGUUUGACGACUAUUUCAAUUUGGUGCUGAAGUGUUUGAAUUCAGUGUAAAUAUCUGACACCUUGAUUGACUAAUUGUGUCUAAUGAUAAGAAUAAUUCAGGCUGCAUCGACUAAAACACACAUACGCGCUGUGAAAUCACAUUUGAAAACUUAACAAAGGAUGCAUUAAUUGUAGUUCAUAGGUUUCUUUUCUUUUUUGAACAGGAACACUGCAUUUAAAGGCCACGAAAGCGAAUGUCAUCAGCUCCAUUCGUUCGACUGGUUGUGUUGAAUACAGUUGAAAUGUUGACUGUUAGUGGAAGCAAACUCUCGUGCCAAAGUCACUACCAAUAGCUGCCGCAGCUUAAACCUCAGGCUGGUCUUUUUAUAUGGUGAAGUUGAGGUGAAGUGACGCUUAUCCCAUGUUGGUGCUUACUCAUUUACUGCAAAUACACAACUCAUAAGUCCAGUUAUUGCAUCGAGUGAUUUAUCAAACCAGCGUCAUCCUAGUUAUUUCAAAGGUGGGGAAAUAUAAUGAAGCUUUCAAAUUCAAUAUUGUUUUCAAAUAGGAACCAACAUCUUUUCAAAUUUGAAUGUUUUAUUCGUAUGAAGGAUUUAUUUGUACAAAUGGUGAUUCCAGUAUUCACUGCUUUUGUAUCAUAAUGUAAAAAAUGCUGUUUGGAAUAUUUAUUAACAUUUCUAAAGUGGUUCUCUUUAACUUAAGACAAUAUCUGAAAAAUGGAUCAACCUGUCCAAAUUUCCGUUGGUUAAAGGUGUUUUUAUUCUGUGCAUAAAGUUCACUACAAAAAGCUUUUUUUUUUUUGUAUUUGUGUUUUUUUCCCCCAUUGAGGAUGUUGGUGAGCUUUAAACUUUCAAAAA